UUUUCUUUGGCUCUGGAAUCAGGAAGGCUCUUUUGAGGACCACCAGGAGAUUAGGGUAGGAUCUCUUCCCCAUUUUGGGGCAGCUGAGUCUCUUCACUGCCACCCAGAGUUAAUCAGAAAGUGGUGAAGGGGGAUAAAAACAUGAUAAAACGCCUCAGGUGUGGUGGACGUUAUUUGAACACACACCUGCUGCUUUCCAAGGCAUCUUGGAGCACAGCAAAUAUAUGUUCAAAUGUAUGUUUGCAUUGGCAGAGUAAAGGAGUGCAAGGGUGAAUGAAGAGGUGGGGAGCAAGGGUGAGGAGAGAACAGGAGAGGAGGCGAUGAAGAAAUGGAUAAUUCUUGACAGCUGUGAUGUGGGGUUCAGAGCUGUUGCAGAGUAAGGCAAUGUUGAUAAGGCAGUGAAGAGAGGGAGGGAAGUGAAGGAAAUGUUUCGCCACUGCCCAUCAUGGCCUUCUUAAUAUCUGCCUUACACAGAUUCCCUAUCGCUUUAAUUAUGUUGGGCUUUGUAAAAUGUAAUAGCCCAAGAAUUCUGUAAGUCAUUUGGAUAAAUGAGGUUGCCUGUUUGUCAAAACAUUUAGCUUUCUAGAUGAAAUUUGCCGAGAUGGGAAUGGCAAAUGUAGUUUGUUUUGCAGAUGGUCUAUGAGUCUCCUGUGGCAUCAUAUUAAAUUAUAUAGGCAGUCAGUCAGUUGUUCUAUGAUGCAUUGAGCUUCGAGUUGCAAUGUGCAUUGAGUAUUCUGUAGAGAUACAGACUCAAAAUACAGCUACACAGGGCAGCAGCAGAAGGGAGUGAUUUAAAAGUAGGGGACUUUUUAGUUGUCCUCGUGUUUGAGAAAAUGAGGGCUUGGAUAGUGUACAAUGGGAUGUGGAGCAUUUUGUCCCAAAGUGUCUGAACUACAAGAAGAAGGAAUAAAUGCCAUUAACCUACCACUCAGCCCAAUCCCUUUUGAACUAGAUCCUGAAGAUACUAUGCUAGAGGAAAAUGAAGUCCGAACCAUGAUUGAUCCAAAUUCAAGAAGUGACCCAAAACUACAGGAGCUGAUGAAGGUGCUAAUUGACUGGAUUAACGAUGUUUUAGUAGGAGAACGAAUUAUUGUAAAAGACCUGGCUGAAGACCUGUAUGAUGGACAAGUACUGCAGAAACUCUUCGAGAAGCUUGAGAGUGAGAAACUCAACGUGGCUGAAGUCACACAGUCUGAAAUAGCUCAGAAACAAAAGCUGCAGACAGUCCUUGAAAAGAUCAAUGAAACCCUUAAACUUCCUCCGAGGAGCAUCAAGUGGAACGUUGACUCUGUCCAUGCUAAAAGUCUUGUUGCAAUACUGCACCUUUUGGUUGCGUUAUCACAGUACUUUCGAGCCCCAAUCAGACUGCCGGAUCAUGUGUCUAUACAAGUUGUUGUUGUCCAGAAACGAGAAGGAAUCCUCCAGUCCCGUCAGAUCCAAGAGGAAAUAACUGGUAACACUGAGGCAUUGUCAGGACGGCAUGAAAGGGAUGCAUUUGACACACUGUUUGACCAUGCUCCAGACAAACUCAAUGUUGUGAAGAAGACUCUCAUAACAUUUGUGAAUAAACACCUGAAUAAGCUGAAUUUGGAGGUUACAGAACUGGAAACCCAGUUUGCAGAUGGUGUGUACCUCGUGCUCCUGAUGGGUCUUCUUGAAGGUUACUUUGUGCCUCUUCACAGCUUCUUUUUGACUCCGGAUAGUUUUGAACAAAAGGUACUCAACGUGUCCUUUGCGUUUGAGCUGAUGCAAGAUGGAGGGCUUGAAAAACCAAAACCAAGGCCAGAAGACAUCGUAAACUGUGACUUAAAGUCAACUCUAAGGGUGCUGUACAAUCUGUUCACCAAAUACAGAAACUUAGAAUGAAGAAGUCCCUUGGGAUCCCACAGGUGGCUAAGUAAGGAACCAACCAACCCAACAGCCACUCCUUUUUUUUUGCAAUCGUUCUUUUACUUUUGUACUACACUUCCUUCACAUAUUUCAUAUUCUUGCUAUGUUUGUUUUGCACAAAAAAUGUUUUAAAUUCGGUCUUGUCUGCAAUCCAAAAUAUUAUGAAGUGAGUGUCUGCUGGAAGAUGCAUAGUCCUUUGUUUUAACUAGCUCUUGAUUUCUUGGAGAGCAAGCAAGAAAGCCUGAUCCCACAUCCAGGUUAAGAGAAACAAACUGAUCUUGAUAGAAAUGCCAGCCUCUUCCUGUGAGCUCUGCUGCCACAAUAACCAAGAAGAUCACAUGACACAGGUCUGUGCACUACUACAUGGUGAAUGUGCCGUCUUCUUCUGCGGGAUCCUCUCUAAGCCAAAGAAUAGGUAUGCCUGCAGUAUUUGGUGCUUUGGCAGUUGCUGCUUUCUGUACAUUACUCAGCUAUGCUACACAAAGGACAUAAUCAGCCCAGAAAGAGGAUAGUCCUUUCUCAAUGUGUUUAGCUCUUCAUCAAGACAAGCUGGACUAGCAGCAGAAAUCUGUGUUGCUCCGACAUAUCAAGGUAGCCAGGGACUCUCCCCUGUCCUACCACACACACACCCAGGAGUAAUUUUAGAUUGUGCAAACUGCUGCUUUUAAGAAGUUGAUGCUCAGUUGUUCCAUAGAAUCAAUCGGAUCGAAAUGCUUCAGUUUAAUUAAGUUGUGGAUUGAGCUGCAGGACGUUUUCUCUGCCUGUGUUUAUUGAAUAUUUAUUUCAAAGAAAGGAUCCAUUGUAUUCCUAAUGAGAUUUAUGAGCACUAUUACAAAGAUCAUGGAGAAUGUAAGAGAGAGAGACACCAUAGGUGGCAUGAUGCAAACUGAGCUAUGAAACUGAGCUUCAUAAUUUGACUGACGGGCCCUAUAAGGGGCCAGGUAUGUGUUCCCUGUGCAUACAUUCCUCAUCAUUUUUCAUUCCUACAAGCUCACACAUCAUACAGCUUUCCUUUAAAUACCGUGCAUUUAAAAUAACCUGCAAUAUGUAGUAUUUUCUACAAUGUGAUACUCUUGCCUAUUUGCAAACGCUGUGGUACGAAGUAUGUAGAUAGUUUCAGUUUGGAAACUCUUUUGCAGCAAAGCACAUAGAAAGUCAAUGCAGUGGGCUCGUGUGCUAGAAUCCAGGUGGGAUCAGCCCUGCCAGGAUAUUGAAAUAAGCUUUGUUUACAUAAUUGAAACAUAAAAUGACGUAAUUGGUACAAGUAAGAAGCAGCUUUGGUGACAGAAGCAAAGGUAAAGGUUGUUCAAAUAAAGAAUUAUUUUUGCAUACCUUGGCUUUGCAUACCUUGGAGAUCUAAAAUGAAUGAGAAAUGUUGAACAUUUUAUUAAAAUCAGGUUCUCUUGCAUUGAUUAUUACUAAGCCGAAAAUUAUUUUUUUUGGAUUUUUGAAUUUCAACAGGAUAUAUACUGUAUACAGAAGAAGUUGUGGGUUUUUUUGGUAUGUAUUCUUUGCUCAAUCCUGUUAAAAUACAAACAUUUUAAUUUUAGGAUCAGCACCAAUAAUUUGUGCUGCAAUUUGUCCCAUGCAUACUUUGUACUGAACGUUUAGGGGAAAAUAGCUUACUUUUAUUUAUUUUUUUAUUCGUCUCUACCAAAAUGAUAAUGCCUAAACGUAAAAUAACAUCCCGUACCUAUCUUAUACCGUGUGGUUCUGAUUUUAAAUAUUUCUUAUGCUUAGUGAAGAGGUGGUAUGACUCCUUUAGUUAGUUCACAUUUGAUUUGUGUCUUUGUUUGUUUUUUGUAAUGCAAGCAAAGGGGUUAAUAUUGUAUAAGGAUAUGCCUGUUGCCUUCCUGAUGCUGGUCAGUUGCCUCUAGAUAUUCAGUAGCCCAGGCCAAUCAUCACCUUCAUGUUAGUAAAGGUGCCAAGAGGUGACUAUCUCAUUAGUUUUUUCGGUUGACCAUCCCUUCUGCCUUGUGUGGUGAGAAUGGGGGGUAGGGAGGGGCAUAAUGUAUCCAGGUAAAACUCAUUUGCAAUAUGCAUAUGUAUAUGAUAGGUUACAUACCAUUUUUCACCACAUGAGGGUGCAUACAAACAGUGUAAUCACUGCACAAAAAAUAGACACGUCUGAAUUAUCUGAUGGUGGCUUUUAGGGUAACCAGAUACAAAGGCUCCUGUGUACCUAAGAGUUCUGUAAAAGAGGGUCAGCAGGUGCAACUUUUCUCCCUUCUGGUUGAGAUGCUUCACCACUUGGAGUUAGGUUCACAUAUAGGAUCUUCCCUAAGAACCCUGCCUUCCUUUGCAUCUUAAUUAUCUUUACUUUAAUUAAAAAAACCACCACCAUGAAUAUAUUAACCCUCUAAUUAUAUUGGCAGACAUUAUACAAAAGGAGGUGAGAUCUAGCUGAAGCUGUUGCCAGAGAAAGGCAAGGUGGCUAUUCUUGCUGUAGCUUCCCAUGCCACCUGCCAUUCUGUUUCUGGGGGUCCUCCAACUCUCCAGAACAGAGAGGAGGGGAAAUGGACCAAAAUAGCCUUUUCUCCCCACUUCUUCCAGCAACAGCAUCCUGUAAGCAGUGUUCUGUUCAUGGGACAUCUUGAUCCAUCCCACAAGCAUUAGAUGAUCACAUGGUUGAUCACAUGGUUGAUCAUAGUGUCUUUUCCCGCUGCAACAUUAAUCUGUUGGCUGCAACUCUAAAGGUAGUACUUGAAAGUAAGUUUCACUAAAAUCAAGGGGAGGGACCUGCUCCUUUGUGAACAGCACAGUGUUUUCAGGAUAUGGUGCUUUCUGCAAUCACAUAAUUGCCCUUUCUUUGUAGCUUUUUACUCAAAAUAGUAGCUUUUUACUCAAAAUAGUAGCUUUUUACUCAAAAUAGAGUUGUUCUGGGCUAAUUUGGUAAUAUCCGAAAGCACUUGACUCUGGAUAAACACGAAGCAACUCCUCUGUUGCAUCACUGGAUUAAAUAUGAGGCAGGGCUGUUGCACACACUGUAUUUUCAUAGAAGGGAUAAUUUUAGCAGAUUGACCUCCCAGCAUAGGGCUGCUGCAGCAAGAGAUAAUCAGUAUCUGCCAAAAUUCUACUCUUUAUCUGCAGAAUUAAUUGUCAAAAGGAACAGAAUCUCUUUCCUCCAUUUAAUCUGACAACACAAUUCUGUAGUUUCAUGUUUAUCUGGCUAGCCUGAUACUGUCACUUCACGUUGUGAAAGGUUGACUGCCCGGUACUAAAGUUACCAACUUUUAUUAACCUGUUUCUUUGCCUUUAACAGCACAUUAAUUGGAAAAAGGAAUUGAUUAAUAGGAAAUAUGGCUGCUGACGCUCAAUGGAGCCAGAUAUUUUUAAAUGAAAAUUCUGUUUAGCAGUAUUAGCUUUUUAUAUGUCCUUGUUUGGGGGGGGGGGGACAAGUUGCUAUUAGGGGGUCAAAGUGAAUUCAUGAGACAGGAGAAUGGAUGGACUAGAACAGCACAGGAGAUGGAGAAAAGGUUAUUAAAUUUAACCCUCUCCUGUUUCUCCUGCUCCUUUCUUCUUCUUCAGUGCCUUCCUAGGAAAUGCCUCUCCAUGGUUAGUAUCCCCCAGCUUUUGGUUAACCAACUACCAGUUACCCCUUUCAUUGCCCUUUGAACCAGUUAUUAGUUUUCUUUUUAAAAGUUCAGGACAACAAAGAGAUUGUAGGUAUUGUUCCAGCUUACUGAAAUAUAUUUUUCUAAAUGGGUAUUUGGAUAUAGAUUCUGGUUCAGUUUGGUUUGGUCCCCUUGAACUGCAGCAUGUUUCAUCAGGCGCACAGGUUCCAGGCAAAAUGCCAUGUGCCUAGUGGCUUCUGUUAGAGAAUCAAAGUGAAAAUCAAAAGGAAAGGACUAUUGAAGUCAGUGGCUGCCAAGGAAAACAGAAAAUUCCCCAUCCCUUGAAGUCAUUAAGUGGGCAUUGGAUGUCUACCUUAUAGUUAUGCUGAGCAAAAGGAAAAAAUUACAUCACAGCAAAAAUAUCUAGAUUACCCCUUUCAAAGAAACAAAAUGCAAACAAGUCCUAGACUUCUGAUAUUAAUCUUGCUUUGUUGAAUUUCUAGAUAGUCAUUAGCUGCUGCAUCAUUAUAUUAUCAUUUCACAUCAGUUAGAUUUGUAUAAAUAGAAACAAUGGGUUUCACCCAGUUGUGUGUUUUUCUAAUAAAUGGAAUUGCAUAAAUAGGGGGUGUAACCAGGGCUUUUUUCAGCCGGAACUCAGUUCCACCACCUCUCAGGUGGGCGCCAUUGCCAUUCUAAGAGAAGGAGGGAGGUACUCAUGAUGAGCACCUCUUUUUCUAGAAAAAUAGCACUGGGAGUAACUGAUGAGUUUAAGCAAUGUGAAACAUUAGGCAUGUCUUGUCAUUUUUAGAGGAAGCUUAAUAGUUAUGUUAAGAAGAAAAUGCUGGACUCUAUAUAAUAUAAACAUUUCCAUUGAAUGAAUGAACAAAAUUUCAUUCAAUGAACCAAGAAGACAGCCCCUCACCUAAAUAAAGACUAAACAUUUUUGCAAAAAAAGCUACCUAGUCCUUUCUACAGUGAUGUAGGGCAAUAAUGGGUGGAUUUAUUGUUAACCAUGCAGGUACUAAUAGUGGUUAUAUUUACGUAUCUUACCAAUGUUUUGCAAGCUUUCUUCUUGAAGGUGUAGAAGCUUAUGACAUACUGAGAAAUGGGAAGGUAGUUGCAUUCCUGAUCCAGCUACACAUGUGUAGCAGCAACCAGAGCUAUACACAUGGAGCCCAGUCAGAAAAACAACAGUCACACCAAAUGUUGGUGGAAUGUAACCCUCUCAACUCCCCCUUCUAAACACGGUUGCCUCUUUCCAAAAAGCUCUGGCAGCUAGAUUGGUGAAGAAACCACAUAUGCAGCACCCAUAUGCAUGUGAGGUUCCUCUUCAACCUCCUAAUUGGAUAUGGUCCCUAUGGUAGUUAGAUCAGGUUGUUAGGCUGUGGAUGUAUAGCUCUACGCACAUGGCAAAUUGACCUCUAUGGUGCACAGGGUUUCCUCUUUUCAUAAUUUGGAACAGGAGAAUCUGCUUGAACACCUAGGGUUCCAUUGCCUACUUUUUAAGUGAUGAUAAUGUUGCUGGUAGCACUUUCUUUGUAGAAUAAAUUCAACCUUUCAGUUGAGAUUAAUUAUUCCUUAGAUAUGUCUUUUGUUGAAAUUCCAAACUGCUUAUUUGAGAAUGGAACCAGCAAAGUAUCUUGCGGGUAAAUGACAGCUGAUUCCAUCUUCAAAAACACAAGUGAUUGAUACCUGGGGUCAUGAAGGCCAUUACUUUGAUUUUGCAAAAGUAACUAAAUUGGUGAGCAUGUGUAUGUUUCGUAGCAAGUAUUUGUUUUAAUUGAAGAGCAGUUUCUAUAAUUAUACAGGGACACCUAUAAACACGAAAUAGUUUAAUUAUUUUCAUACCCAAGCACUACUUGUCCUAUAAAAAUGGAUUCUGUCUUAUAUUUCUAAUAGAGAAUUAUCACCUAUAGAUUCUACAGAUUAUAUCUAGUAUUUAUUGCAUCUGAAAAAUAUAGAGAAAUAUAUAUAAACAGGUUUAUUUCUGUAUAAAAUAUACUUUUUUUAAAAAAAAUGGGCAAAAUAGAGGCAUUAGUUAUUAUAAAUUCCUAGUCUACAUAGGAUUUGUUCCCUAGAUUAUUGUUAAAAUAAGGAGAGUUUUAGGGUGAACGGGGCUGUAUUUUUAAUAAUAGGGUCAGAAUGCAUUUUAUAGAUCAUGAUAAAAAUGUGAGGGCAGCAUUGAAAUUACCUCAUACCUCUAUUGGACCAGUAUUCUUAAAAGCAUGUAGUCUGAUGGGCCAGAUAAGGAAGACCAAAGCAAAAACUACUGCCUUGGGGUGCUAUAAAACUGCCACGGGCAACAGAAUUGUAUCU